AUGACUGCGUCUGAGGGUACCAUUCGGCCACUGGGGUUGCUCCAGGCGAGGGACAUCCAUCCGUCUUUCGCUGGGCUGCCGGACUUGGCUUCCACUGCCAUUUCCACUUGCUUCCCUGCUGCCUCCUUCCAGUGCAGGAGGAGGCUGGACGGAGGGAAGCAGUGUAGAAGCGGGCUGGGAGAGGAGAGGGCAGGCGGGGGGCAGCAGGAGGAGCGGGCCUGGACUGACUUCUUGCAGUUCUGCCCGGUCGAGGGCGAGGAGGAGGAGGAGGAGGAGGAGGAGGAGGAGGAGGAGGAGGAGGAGGAGGAGGAGGAGGAGGAGGAGGAGGAGGAGGAGGAGGAGGAGGAGGAGGGAUGGGCACUACCUGUGCUCGUCUGGUACUGGUAUCCAGCCAGGGUGACUUUUGAGUCGACUCAAAAGUAUCCAGCCUGGGCUGACUUCUUGCAGUUCUGCCCGGUCGAGGAAGAGGAGGAGGAGACCCGGGGGGCUAGGGGCGGGGGGCGGGCGGGGGAGCAGCAGCUGUGUAGGCAAACGUCAUCCUCCUCACCGUCACAUGUGACAUGGGCUGACUUCUUGCAGUUCUGGCCGGGCGACGAGGAGGAGGUGGGGCGGGAGGCGGGUGGGGGAGCAGUGGCGUCGCACGAGAAAUCGAUCUGUGAUGAUCCUCUGGGGGGGGGAGAGGUGGCCAGGGGGGAAGUGGGGGGCAGGGGGAAAGCGCGUGGAGGGGGUGGGAAGGAAAGGGUGACGAGGGGGUAUGCAGGGAGGUCAGCAGCGGGCGAGGGAGCAGCAGCGUCGCAGGAGAUAUUUGUCUGUGAUGAUCCUGUGGGGGGAUUUGAUUGGGUGGGGAAGGAUUGGGAGGGAGUGGAGAAGAAAGGGUCAGGCGGGAGAAUGCAGGGAGGAGGAAAGCGGGUGCGUGAGGAGGGGAGCAGGGAGCAGCAACGUCACAGGAGAAACCGACUUGUUCCGACCCUCUGUGGGAGGGAAGAGGUUGGGGAGGCGUGGGGACGGGUAGGAGGGACGAGGGAAAGGGAGACUGAAAAGGAAUUCGGAAGGAGAUGCGUGAUACACUGCUUGGGCCGGGAGGGGGAGGAGGGGGGUGAGGGGGAGGCGUGGGGUGGUGUAGGAGGGGCGGAGGAAAGGGAGGCUGGAAGGGAAUUCGGAAGGAGAUGCGCGAUACACUCCCAGGAGAGGGCCAGGAAGGGGAGGAGGGUGGGGAGGGGGGUAACAGGGAGGCGUGGGGUGGUGGAGGGGCGGAGGAAAGGGGAUGCGGAAGGAGAUUCGGAAGGAGAUUCGGAAGGAGAUUCGGAAGGAGAUGCGCGAUACACUGCCAGGAGAGGACCAGGAAGGGGAGGAGGGGUGCGGGGCGGGCGGGGGAGCAGCAGCGUCACAGAACAAGCGCGCUCACUCCCUUCCGUCGCCCACACUCACUCCCCUUCCAUCGUAUACGCGCACACCCCUCCGUCGCCCACGCUCACUCCCUCAGGUCGCCCACGCUCACUCCCUCAGGUCGCCCACGCUCACUCCCUCCCGUCGCCCACUCUCACUCCCUCCCGUCGCCCACGCUCCCUCCCUUCCCGUCGCCCACGCUUCCCGUCGCCCACGCUCACUCCCUCCCCAUUGCUAUCGCUCAAUCGUACCGUCGCCCACGAUCGGUCACUUCCGUCGCCCACGAUCGGUCACUUCCGUCGCCCACGGUCACCCCAUCCCUUCGCCUACGCUCACUCCCAUUCCAUCGUCUAUGCGCAAUCCUACGCGACCCCCCGCUCGUCGCACACGGCCUAUUCCCUCCCGUCGCACACUACCUCACCCAUCUCCGCCUCACCCAUCUCCGCCUCACCCAUCUCCGCCUCACCCAUCUCCGCUUCGCCCCAGCUCCGUCCGCACGCACUUUCUCUCGUCGCGCGCGACAACUCUCCUUCCGCCGCCCACGCUCUCUUCCUCCCGCCGCAUUCCGCCUCACCCCAUUCCGCCCCACCCCGUUCACCCCCACCCCGUUCCGCCCCACCCCGUUCCUCCCCAUCCCUGCGUGCUGCUGUAAAUGAGGCGGAAACCCGCACUGUGUCCCCCUCUCCGUGUCACCAUCCCCGCCUCUCCCCCGUCAACACCACCCCAUCCCACGCCACCAGGACGGGGUUGACGCGGGGCAGAGGCGUGGGGGAUUGCUACCUGCCGCAACACCGCCGUCACGGGCUCAGCGUCGAGCUGAGUCGGAGGCGCCGCGAGUCUCCUUCUCACCCCAUCUCCUCCUCACCCCAUCUCCUCCUCACCCCAUCUCCUCCUCACCCCAUCUCCUCCUCACCCCAUCUCCUCCUCACCCCAUCUCCUCCUCACCCCAUCUCCUCACCCCAUCUCCUCCUCACCCCAUCUCCUCCUCACCCCAUCUCCUCCUCACCCCAUCUCCUCCUCACCCCGUCUCCUCCUCACCCCGUCUCCUCCUCACCCCAUCUCCUCCUCACCCCAUCUCCUCCUCACCCCAUCUCCUCCUCACCCCAUCUCCUCCUCAACCCAUCUCCUCCUCACCCCAUCUCCUCCUCACCCCAUUUCCUCCUCACCCCGUCUCCUCCUCACCCCAUUUCCUCCUCACCCCAUUUCCUCCUCACCCCAUUUCCUCCUCACCCCAUUUCCUCCUCACCCCAUUUCCUCCUCACCUCAUCUCCCCAUCCUCAUCUCCCCAUCCCUCAUCUCCCCUUCCCUCAUCUCCCCUUCCUUCAUCUCCCAUUCCCUCAUCUCCCCAUCCUUCAUCUCCACAUCCCUCAUCUCCCCAUUCCGCCCAACCCCAUUCCGCCCCACCCCUUUCCGCCCCACCCCUCUCCUCCCUGCUUCUUCCCCUCUCCUCCCUGCUUCUUCCCCUCUCCUCCCUGCUUCUUCCCCUCUUCCGCCUCGCCAAAAGGUUCGUUCUUCACCACCUCCGCGAUCCAUCCCUCUCUAUACCCAUCCGCUCCUCUUCCCAUCCAUCCUUUCCCCAUCGCUCCUCUCCUUAUCCCUCCUCCCCCCUUUUUCGUUUUCCGGAUUAAACUUCUUCCUCCCUGCAUCCGUUCUUCUGUUCCUCCAUUCAUCCGGCCUUCCCUUCUUCUGUUCCUCCAUUCAUCCGUCCUUCGUUUCCUCUGUUCGUAA